AUGGAAGUUCGAUGCAAACUGUUCAUAGGAAUGCUCAAAAAGGCGGCCCUCAACUGGUUCAGCGAUCUUCCUGACCGAUCGAUCAUCAACUUCGAUGUUUUCAGUUGGCUUUUCAUGGCACAAUUUGUAGCAAAUAAGAGGAAACCACUGAUCACGUCGGAUUUAUUUGAUCUCAAGCAGCAACGUGAGGAGUCGUUGAAGGACUUUUUGCAAAGGUUUAAUAAAGUGGCUUUGAGGAUAGCAUCCUUGGACGAGAAGAUGGCGGUCAUCGCCUUUCAAAAGGGACUAAGGUCGGGUGAUUUUGACAUCGCACUGGAAAGUGAAAAUUGUCAAACAAUGUCGGAGGUAAGAGCUUUCGCCCUGAGCCAUAUAAAAACGGAGGAAGGACAGAUCAAUAAAAGAGCAGCAGAAAAUUGA